AUGACUCAGCCUGUAUCGCCUGCGAGCGAUGCACCAUGGAUCGUGCAGAAAUAUGGCGGUACGAGUGUGGGAAAAUUCAUCGCGACCAUUGUCGACACGAUUGCCCCGUUCUAUCUGCUGAACAACCGCCUCGUCAUUGUAUGCUCAGCUCGUUCAGGCAAAACCAAGGCGCUGGGAACGACGAAUCUGCUCCUGCAGGCAAGUCGUGAAGCCGUGUCGCGCUCCUCGCCUCAGUCCAGUGCGGCACCGACACCUCUUUCAUCGUCGUUCCAUGGCAGCACGUCUGGCUCUUUGUCAAGCUCGCAACUGACGGCGCGUUUGGAGACCAAGGCUGCCUUCCAUGAUACCGUGGACAAACUGCUGGAAGACCACUUAGAAGCGGCUCGUAUUGCCGUGCCCAACAACCCCGACAUGCUGGAGCAGCUUGAAAAGGAAAUUACGGAUGAAUGUGAUGGAUUGCGCGAGUUCUUGCAGGCUGCGCAAAUUAUCCACGAAGUCUCCUCCCGUUCGCGCGACAUGAUCAUGGGUCUUGGCGAGCGUUUGGCUUGCCGACUGGUAUCCACGGCCUUGAAGGCACGCGGUAUCGAGUCGACUCUUGUGACACUCGAAACUAUUGUAGAUGAGCUGGACGACGAGGUGGUGCGUCCACCUCAAAACUCGUAUGAAUCUACCAGCUACCUGGGUCAGCCGUUCUACGAUGCCCUCUCCGAGGCGCUGGCCGCCCGUAUUAAAAAUUGCAAGGGUGUGCCUGUCGUCACAGGCUACUUUGGCAAUGUCCCUGGCUCGCUGUUGAGCCAGGUUGGUCGUGGCUAUUCGGAUUUAUGUGCGGCUCUUUGCGCGGUGGGUCUGCAGGCCACAGAGUUGCAAAUUUGGAAGGAGGUCGACGGCGUGUUCACAGCUGAUCCCCGCAAAGUCCCCACGGCACGUCUUGUGCCUGCUAUUACCCCAGAAGAGGCAGCGGAGCUGACUUACUACGGUAGCGAGGUCAUUCAUCCAUUCACGAUGGAGCAGGCCAUCAAGAAAUCUGUACCUAUCCGCAUCAAAAAUGUUGAAAACCCCACCGGGGCUGGCACAGUUAUUUUCCCUGACCACACGACGCAGUCGAAGGAAGACGAUAUUAUUCGCGAUCCGUUUAUGGAUGGCCACGUGAAUCAGCCGGAGCCGCCUAAGUCCGGCAUGGCUACGCCCGUGGGCAACAACCCCAAGGACAGCCGGAAGAUGCCCACAGCCGUGACCAUUAAGGACAAUAUUAUUGUACUCAACGUGCACAGUAACCGCAAGACCAUCAGUCACAGCUUCUUUGCCCGUAUUUUCGGCACGUUGAAUCGGUAUGGUGUCGUUGUGGACUUGAUCUCCACUUCAGAGGUGCAUGUAUCCAUGGCCAUGACUGCGGAAAUUAGCGCACGCACAUUAGAGCGUUUGAGUGCUGACCUGGAGCAUGUCGGUACUGUGAGUGUUCUUCGCGAUAUGGUCAUUCUCAGCCUGGUCGGAAAGGAAAUGCGUCACAUGGUGGGUGUGGCCGGCCGCAUGUUCAGUACUCUGGCUGAAGGCAACGUGAAUAUCGAAAUGAUCAGUCAAGGCGCAAAUGAGAUCAACAUCUCGUGUGUGAUUCAUGAGGGCUCGGCUCUGAAGGCAUUGAAUCUCAUUCAUUAUUCGAUCCUGGAGCUUUCCCCUAAGCCCGCCAACAUGGAGGGUGGCACAUUCGGCAGGUCUUUUUUUUAA